GGGUAGGGGUGGGAAUAAUAUUUGUUUAAAUUUCUCUGUAAAAAAAAAAAACAAUAAAAACGGUAAGGAGACAUGGCUUUAAACAGCAUUUUCAUGCAAUUCAUGCCAAUGCCUCUAGAAGGUGCGAUUGCAGAGGGCUUAAUGGGUUUCUGUAAGUUUAGGGUAAUAGUGGUAAAGUCCAUUGAGAGCAGAUGGUCAAAGAGCAGACAGCUCUGAUGUAGUUGUAUGUAGUUGAUGUAGUGUACCUUUGUUGAAAUUUUGUUAGAAUUGUAGAAAUAAUAAUAAUGGAUACUGUGGAGUCAGACAGAAGAGUUUCUCCUCUGAAGAAUUUUGUGGCAGGAGGGUUUGGUGGCAUAUGUCUCUUACUUGCUGGACAUCCGCUGGACACAAUCAAGGUCCGUCUACAAACACAGGACUGCGCUGUCUACAAAGGAACAUUUGACUGCUUUCGAAAGACUGUGUCCAAAGAGGGAAUAUUUGGCUUGUAUAAAGGAAUGGGUGCUCCACUAGCUGGUGUAACUCCAAUGAUGGCUUUGAAUUUCUUUGGCUUUGGACUGGGAAAGGAACUUCUGCAACGUGACCCAACUGUACCAGCAACGUACACACAGAUCUACUUGGCUGGGAUGCUGGCAGGGGUGUGCACCACUGUGAUUGUGGCCCCAGGAGAGAGAAUCAAGUGUUUACUUCAGAUCCUGCCCCUGGCUGGUCGAAUGAAGUAUACUGGACCAUUAGAUUGUGCUGUCAGACUUUAUAAACAACAGGGCAUUUGCAGUGUCUACAAGGGAACUAUUCUUACUUUAAUCAGAGAUGUGCCCUCAAAUGGUGUAUACUUUCUAACAUAUGACUACUUAAAACACUAUCUGACCCCUGAUGGAGAAUGUGUUCAUCACCUCAGCACAUCCAGAGUUCUUCUUGCUGGUGGGAUUGCUGGCAUGAUAAACUGGCUAAUUGCUCUGCCUGCAGAUGUGCUGAAGUCAAACUACCAAUCAGCCACAGACGGGCGUUACCAAGGUGUAAGACAUGUGUUAAGAACACUGUUAAAGGAGGAAGGAGCUCAAGGACUCUACAAAGGCUUUAGCGCAGUUAUGUUACGAGCAUUUCCUGCUAAUGCGGCUUGUUUUCUAGGUUUUGAGGUUGCUCUAAAGUACUUAAACUACAUUGCUCCAGACUGGUGAUGUCACAUUUAGAAUUGAUGUGGGUUCUUAUUUUAAUACAUUUACCCUCUGUUAUAUAUAGCAUUUCUUCAUUGAAGGGCAGGCAGGCAUGGUGGCCCAGUAAUGCACAACACAACAACAUUUCAAAAAGCAUACAUUAAGCUCACAACUCAGUGAACUUUUAGAAAGCAAACAUUGGCUGUUUCUCAAUUCCAAGAAUGCAAGUACUUCCAGGUGUCGAGAACGAACUCGGGAGACCACGAGAACAGAGAACACGUCCUGUGAGAAACAUUACAACAUUCAUACAA